AUGAAGAAGACUCUCUCGAAGCUUAAACGAUCCCUCCGACCGUCCACCUCCGCUCCAGAUUCAGCCCCUAGCUCAUCUCGACUACCGACGACAGCUGAAGUCGGGCCACCCGAGAUCAACCCCCAGUCACAACGGGAGGCUUCUCCCGUAAAGACUCCCCGCAACUCUUCGGCUCAAGGUCAUGCGUAUCUAGAGAAUCUCCCUCCUGAAAUUCGACGGUACCUUCUAUCCAGUCUGGAAUGGGAAGAGCUAGAUGUCUUGGUCCACGCAUCUCCCGUCUUUCAUCAGCAGUAUGUACUAGAUCGCCGUAUGUUCCUUUCUCAAUCCCUGGAAGACAUCCUACAAAACGUCCCAGUGGAGGCUUCUCUCGUGUAUCAAUCCAGUUCGCUCGGAUUUGCAAAAGCUCGCGACGGUGGAACAGUCGCCCUGCUCCUAGAAUCAUAUCAGGAUCGUCGCACUAAGCCCCAGCCUCUGGAUCUCACCGAUCGAAUCUCUCUAGAUGAGCUUUCCGCUCAAGUAAAAUUCUAUUUCUUUGUGAUCAAGCCUCUACUACGACGGUAUGCUAGUUCGGCUCUGGAUAGUCUGACCGAAGUGAGCGAUAUCCCGCAUCAACACACUACUCUAAGCCGGUCCGAGAAAACACGAAUUGUCCGUGCUCUGUAUCGCUUUCAGCUCUGUUGCAAUCUCUUCGGCGUGGGAAAUCACAAGGACUUCAGCUUACGCCGCCUCGAAUACGAGACUAAUAGCGAUCUUAUGAGCACGUUCAUGGGUAUGUUCGAGCCUUGGGAAGUUGAGGAAAUUGCCUGCAUCGAGGCUUUCUCGAGAUAUAACUAUAAUCGAAUAUUUGAUGACAUCCAGUGGGAUCUCAACCCGGAGAAUCCCAGAUUCGCCGAUCAUCCACGACCGCCCACCCCACCGGGGGCAUUUGAGUUAGAUGACGGCUGGACAAGAUCGACUCUUUUGCAAGGAGUCAUCUCCCGGGGGCUCGACCCGCUUCAUUCCGUUCUCUUCAAGGCCAAAACCCACUCGCAAUUGGUUUCAACAAUGCAAGAGUCUUUAACGUGGGGUGGGAGUGGAUUCCUUGUGGAUGAUGCCUUCGGUACAGGAUCACAGUCGAAGCGACGCAGCGAGCAGCGCUGGAGUCGGGAUGUGAAAGAAGAGCAACGCGAUCCACUACCUUUCGAGGGUGAUCAGGUUACAGAUGCCAACAGCUCACACCCACCACUUGCCUGGACCCUGAUCUGGCGAGGAACCUACAGUAAUCUGUACGGUGCAUAUGUCCCGGAUCCCAUGCGCCGCUGGGGAUACAUCAUGUGGGAUCAGUCGCGGCUUGAGGAAACAGGCGCGAAGGAGGUCUUAGCUCGUCAAUGGGCAGCUGAGUGGGGUUCCCAUGAUCCGCGAGACUCCACUUACUACUACUAG